CAGGAAACAGAUAAGAGAAACGACACAAAGAGAAAUUAUUUCCAAAAUAGCACUAGUUGAUCCACAAGUCGUUACAGCGCUCGCAACUUGUCAUGGACGCAGCAACGGGUGUUGGAGUUUGUGUCUUCCUAUUAAUUUCUUACAUGGCGUUCUUAAUCAAACGGGCUACAGCAGGUUCUGCUCGCAAGCCACCGGCAGCAUCCGGUGGCUGGCCUUUGAUCGGUCAUCUUCACCUCUUGGGUGGCUCCGGUCAGCCUCUUUACGAAACCCUAGGAACGUUAGCAGACAAGUAUGGCCCAAUAUUCAGCAUCCGAAUUGGUGUUCACCCUGCCGUUGUGGUGAGCUCUUGGGAAUUAGCAAAAGAGUGUUUCACCACUCUUGACGUCACUGUCUCCUCUCGUCCCAAAUUCACCGCCGCAAAAAUCUUGACAUACAACUAUGCUAGUUUCGCGUUCGCCCCAUACGGAGAUUUCUGGCGCGAUAUGCACAAGAUUACGGUUUCAGAGCUACUCUCCACUCGCCAGGCUGAAAUGCUUCGAGGUAUUAGAGAUUCCGAGGUAAAGAGCUCGUUGAGAGAACUACAGAGAGCGUGGGCGGAGAAAAGAGGCGUGUCCUCUGGUGAUUUGUUGGUGGAGAUGAAGCAGUGGUUUGGAGAAAUGAAUCUGAACGUGAUUCUGAGGAUGGUUGCUGGAAAGCGAUACUGUGUGGGGAGUGUAGAUCAGGAACAGGCAAGGCGAGUUCGGGGGGUGCUGAGAGACUUCUUUCAUUUGAUGGGGUCGCUUGUGAUUGGGGACGCGAUUCCCUUUCUUGGGUGGCUUGAUUUGGGAGGUGAAGUGAAGGAGAUGAAAAAGACGGCUGUAGAAAUAGAUAACAUCGUUUCUGAAUGGUUAGAAGAACAUAAGCAGCUGAGAAGAGAUUCAAGUGAGGCCAAAACAGAGCAAGACUUCAUGGGUGCGUUGCUGUCUGCACUUGACGGUGUCGACCUUGCUGGUUAUGAUGCUGACACUGUCAUAAAAGCCACAUGCUCAACGCUAAUUGCUGCGGCAACGGAUACUACAACUGUUACCAUGAUUUGGACACUAUCGUUAUUGUUGAAUAAUCGUCACGCCUUAAACAAAGUUCAAGAUGAAUUGGAUGAGCAUGUGGGCAAGGGAAGACUAGUGAAUGAAUCUGAUAUUAACAAAUUAAUAUACCUUCAAGCCGUAGUUAAAGAAACGAUGAGGUUGUAUGCAGCUGCACCACUUCCAGGUCCACGUGAAUUCACAAGUGAGUGUACCUUAGGUGGCUACCGUAUCCAAGCAGGUACCAGAUUUAUUUUGAACAUUUGGAAGAUGCAGAGAGACCCACGUGUAUGGUCAGACCCAUUAGAAUUUCAACCAGAAAGGUUCCUCACGAACCACAAGGGUGUGGAUGUAAAAGGUCAACAUUUUGAGCUACUUCCCUUUGGUGGUGGAAGAAGGUCUUGUCCUGGCAUGUCAUUUGCCCUUCAAAUGACAUACUUGGCAUUAGCAACUUUUUUGCAGGCAUUUGAAGUCACAACCUUGAACAAUGAAAAUGUUGACAUGAGUGCCACAUUUGGACUCACACUUAUUAAAACCACACCACUAGAGGUUUUAGCCAAACCUCGUUUACCAUAUCAACUUUUCUUCACUGAUGAAACUAAGGAAAAUCCAACACAUUCACCAUGAAUUAGAUUAUUGCCUUUCCCCCACUAGCACCGUGAAUUGGUGAACACCAAAAGCUAGUUUAUGGUGUGAAAGUUAUCCCAACUGAUAUGCAUUAUUUUUGGUCAUAUUUAUAUUGGUAAGGGAAAUAGUUUGUAAGAUUGAACAUACCAGGAAGUGAUCUAAUUAACAGUUCAAUAAUGAUUGAUAUAAUAGUACUAACUCAAAAUCCUUCAAUCAUUAUCACCACCUGAGCAAGUUGAAUUUUCCACUAUUUUAUGGUGCUUAUGGCACAGGAGAAACGAGAAGGCAUCGGAAAAUGUUGAAAAUCCUCCCUUGCUUUCCAUCCAUUUAGCUCGUGAAAAUAUUAUGCAGUGGCAGAAAGUUUGCGAACCACAUUUGAAUCCAGCAGCUAAUUUUCCCCACCUGAUUCUCAAUGGACAAACCGAAUGGAGGGAUUUAUCAAAUGCAAUGUUGGUGCUGCCAUAUUCAGGGAGUCCUAUACCUAUUCUGGUGCUUGCUCGAGAAAUAAUGAGGGUCAUUAUAUCAAAUAGAAAAUGUGGUGGAAUUAUGGUUUUUCAUCUGUUCAAGAGGCUGAGGCUGCAGCAUUACUUUUGCAUGCUUUAACGCGGAUAUAUGAAUUGGACCUGAAUAACGUUAUCGUGGAGAUUCAUUGCAAGUUUGUUGCUGACCCUUUGCUGCAUAACAGAUCAAAUUAUACUGAGUUUGGAGUCAUUGUGGAUAAAUGUAGAUAGUUUCUUAACUCUUUCCCAAAACUUCAUGAUCAGUUUUAGUCGGAAACAAACUAAUGGAGUCGCCCAUGAAUUUGUUAGGGGGUCUAGAAUUUUUUGUUAUUGACCAUGUUUAUUAUAGUUUAUUAUUAUAUC